UCCCUCCAGUUUUUCAAAAGAAAAGAAAAGAUUGUGCUUCGCUUUCUUCGCCCUUCUCAUGUGGCAAGUAAUUUCAACCAAAAGCUGGUGCAAGUGUAUAUGAUCAGAAGAGAAGAGAGCUGCUGGAAUUGACAAAGAAAAAGACUGGUGGGGAUAGGGUCCACGGGUACCCCAAGGGAAUAAGGAUAAUAUCUCUUUUCAGUUGCUGCAAAGAUUGGGCAGCCAGGCUUGAGUGCUUGUUCAGAUGAUUCGACAUUCUCCGCCUGCCUUAUAAGACGGGACUCGGCGUAAGAUCUUGGCAAGAGGAGAGGACAGGAGGUAGGUAGUUUAGUUUGAGAAGCCAAAGGUUGUCUCACUCCCGGAAGACCACAGAACAACUCUUUGGUUACUAGAAAUAGAGGCACUGGGACUGAAUACCGGUAAAGCUGCCAAGGAUCCCAGCAGUCAGGAAUGUGCAGCCUGCAAGCAGACAUUUCAGUACAAAACAGGAACUGAACGGAUGAUGUAUCAUCAGCAACAGCUCCACGGUCAUAACCAGCACCUGUCCUCAAGAUCUGGCUUACCUCCGGAGAAGCAGUUUCUCCUGCAAGGAGGAGGAGAUGCAGGUCUUGUCCUCUCCACCGACGCUAAACCUCGGCUGAAAUGGACACCCGAGCUGCAUGAACGUUUUGUGGAGGCAGUACAAAAGCUAGGAGGGCCAGACAAAGCUACGCCUAAAACAAUCAUGAGGAUCAUGGGGAUCCCUGGACUCACCCUGUACCAUCUUAAGAGCCAUCUCCAGAAAUACAGACUUAGCAAGAAUCUCCAGUCCCAAGCUAAUAUUGGCAAUGCAAAGAAUGUGUUAGGCUGCAGAACAGGAGCAGACAAACCAUGCGAAGGGAAUGGAUCACCAUCUAGUCAUUUGAACAUGGAGCCCCAGAUAAUAAACAGGUCGAUGCACAUAAGCCAAGCCCUCCAAAUGCAGAUAGAAGUUCAGAGACAGCUGCAUGAGCAACUAGAGGUGCAGAGACACCUGCAGCUCCGGAUCGAGGCGCAGGGCAAGUACCUGCAGUCGGUGCUCGAGAAGGCGCAGGAGGCGCUCGCCAAGCAGAGCGUCGAUCUCGACGCCGGCGUCCUCGGCGAAGCUGCAGCCGCCGAGACGCAGCAGCUGUCGGAGCUCAUCUCGAGGGCCUCGGCGACCAAGCUCCACCACCAGCAUCUGCUGCAUCUCGGCGGCGGUGUCGGAGACGGGUCGGUGGACAGCUGCCUGACCGCCUGCGAGGGCUCCCAGAGGGACCAUGACAUGCUGUCCAUCGGCCUGUCGCCGGCCCCCACUCCGUUUGAGGCGGCGAGGUCGUCAGGCGGCAACGACAGAGGAGGGGCGACCACGAGCUGCGAGGAGUUCCUGUUUCUCCAAGAGCCUGCCGCUGCCAGGAGAGGUUCCUCGGAUCAGAAGCUAGAGCUGGACCUGAACAUCAACGAUAGGAACCCUCCAAGGCCUCGCCACUGCCAAAAGAUUGAUCUGAAUGGGUCGAGCUGGAACUGAUUGAUGACCAUUUACAAAGGAGUUGAAGCCUCGGGCAAGACAAGGCUUCUUCUUCUUCUUCUGCCUGCUUCUUCUUCCUAGAAGCAGAGUGAAAAUGGGGGGGGGGGGGGGGGGGGGGGGAUGCGCUGUGCAUUUUCAUGUCCUCGAGUCGUUUGUAGUAAGAUCUGGGUAGAGCUACUCUAUAUAGCAUGGACAUCCUGCGUGUUGUCGGAUCAUGGAUUCAUGGUGCAGUGCAGCAAAUAAGCAGCGACUGAAAUGAGGAUAAAAUUCCCUUUCGAUGAGGGCAUGUGCAGUGAGAAGAACCCGGCCAGAUGUUCUUCCUCUCACAGCUGAUUGACUGUAGCUCUGUAGAUCGAUGUGUAUGAUAUAUGCUAGUACAUUUUUUUUUGUCA